AUGGCUGAAGGAAGGAAUGCUAACAUUGAUGUUGAGGUAGUGAUGAGGUGGACUGGUGCGAUUGGACAAACUCCACAAGAGAGUGUCGGUUAUGGAGGAAAGGAUGAGUUCCGUGCUUUUGGAGAUUUCCGAAGUGUUUGCUUGAAACCAGUAGAAGAUCUUUUGAAUGUUGUCUUGAAGACUAUCACGAAUUCCUCUCACAGUAAAACUGACGCAGUUGCCACCGAAAUGACACGCGACGGUGACGGUUUUGUUUUCGUGAAGGAUUUUCGGCCACAGAGUGAAGAUGGCGAUGACCCUGUUCGUGAAGCGAAGAGUCUUAAUGCUAUAAGGACGGCGCUCGAGAAUCUUGAAGACCCCAAAAAAUGGCUGCAACUGACUCCUACCAUUCAGACACAGCAGCGUGUUGAAAGAGAUGCUGCAAUUGCUCGCUUGGAACAGAGUAGAAUUGUUCUUGCAAUGAGACUGUCGGAACACCUUGGUAAAAAAUAUAAAGUCAUUGAAGAAGCUCUUGCUUUUGUUGGAGAUGUACAGGAUGCAAGCGGCCUUAUUUCACCUGAAGUUUUUGGACAACCAAAAUGUACAGCUGAGAAUUUUGUAGCUGAUAAAGGGAAGAGAUCUAAUAUACUCAUUAGUGCUUUUGUCUCGAGUUUCAAUUUUGUGAAGAAAUCUUUCGGGUUGGAUCAUAUGGGUGGAAUAGUGGGCAAUGCUGCUUUGGUUGUUGUUAGUAUGAUUGCUAUGCUUCAUUUACAUCAGGUAACUAACCAUGGACAUCCAUUUAGGGAAGAAAAUAGAAAUCACGGUAACAAAACUAUGAGAAGAGCAACUCAAUUGGAUUCUUCGUCUGGUGCCCAUUCCAGUAAUCUGGAUGUAUUGUUGGCUCGAGGUUAGGAUUUAACCUCGAUCAUUAUGGUGGAAUGAUGAGGGUUAUGCCUCUAGC